UGUUGGACGCUUCAGUUCACUACGAAACGUUGAUGUGCGCGGUUGUUGGCGCGGUUGACAAGCAAGAACAAAACUAAAGCGGUGAAAUUAUAAUAACAACAAAACAUAAAGAUGUUCAAUUUGCGCGAGAAACCGGUUGAAUAAACGCCUAUCAUUUGCACUAAAAUACCGGCUGCUCAUUUGCAAGUGUGUUAUUAGUGAAGACGAGUGAUAAAAGUGGAAAAAUAAAGAAAUUAAAAACAACAAAAAUAAAGUUUUUGAGUAGUGUUUUCACGGUUGUUAUUAAAGGUCUGAUCGCUGCGUUCGAAGUUGAAGUAAACAAAAUAAAGUUGUCGCAUUCAAAAGCACAAGAAAAAAGAAGGUGAAGAAGUUUACUAAAGCGAAAGAUAAAGAAAAGCACAUAUACAUACAUAUACGAAAAUAAAUAUACUUUAGAUAACGUGCUGCAAAAUAAAUAUAAUGAAGAGUUAAAAGGCUAAACGAAGAUAACACCAAGCACAGCGAGCGGAAAAAGCUUGUCCACGCAAACAAACCCGGAGAGUGAGACAGUCCGAUAGGGCUGAGGGGUAUUACAGCCUACCACAGGAACCCAUCCAAAUACAAUGUCACAAAUAUACACACAAACGCUUCUGCGCAGAUUACCACUGCGGCUCGUCUAUAUCGGCUUGGCGCUUGCCAUUUGCCUACCUCCACUAGUGAGCGCCUACAAUGAGAACUUGCAUCAACGCGAUGGCAUACAUGUGCCUUGUAGCUUCUUCGAUACGGUCAACGUGACGGGUGAUCCGCACUUCCCUAACGGUUCUUAUCUACACGAUGGCACUAUGAUACCUUCACAGCUGAUCGGCACAUAUGACUAUAUUUACACGGAUCUCGUGCGGCGUGUCGAAGUGGAGUCACAUGUGCGCGCUUGCAUUUGUAAACUGAAGCCGUGCAUCAAUAUCUGUUGUCCUUGGGGCGCGAGCUACAGUACCAAUGAGAGCGCUUGCGUCAACAAUACCAACUAUGCGUGGCCCCAGCCGCUGUUGAACGUGACUAUGCCGGAUGAAACAUUGAAGGCGGUGAAUAUUUUUACUGAAUUUGCUGUGCAGAGUUUUCGACCAUGUGAAUUUAUGUUCUCACUGCAACCGGAGCUCGGCUCUUACGACGAUUGGAAGCUGUUCGAGAAUGGCACACUACUGCGCGUGUUCGACAUGGUCUACCUCCCCAAGAGCGAAUUCUGUUUCCAUCCUACGGUGGCGAAUGAAACUACAGACAUCAUGUACAUCAUAAAUCCGGCUAAUUGCAACUAUGACACGGAUUACAGCACCAUUAAAACAAUAAAUGCUUAUGCCAUGUUGUUUUCCAUACCGUUCAUGAUACUCACCAUUGUCGUUUACCUGAGCAUACCAGAGCUACGCAAUCAACACGGCAAAUCGUUAGUUUGCUACUUAAUUGGACUCAUCAUUGGUUACUCAUUGCUGGCGAUGAGUUCGCUGCAAUUGGAUGCAUAUUCCAGUCUGGCGUUCUGUAAAUCGCUAGGCUAUGUCGCCUAUUACUUUUUCAUGGCUGCCUUCUUUUGGCUAAGUGUUAUCAGUUUCGAUUUAUGGCAUAACUUCCGUGGCACGCGGGGCAUCAAUCGUUUUCAGGAGAAGAAACGUUUUCUCGUCUAUUCGCUGUAUGCUUGGGGUAUACCGGUGCCCUUUUUGAUCUUCACAUGGUAUGCGCAGGAGAUUGCUGAUAUACCGGAUUAUUGGAAGCCCGGUAUUGGCGGUGGCGAAUAUUGUUGGUUAGACAUGCGCACCUGGUCAGCGAUGGUUUACUUCUUUGGUCCAAUCGUUCUCAUAAUUAUGGCUAACAGCAUAAUGUUCGUUUUGACAGCUAUGAAGAUACACAAGGUCCAACGUGAAAUGGCGCGUAUAAUGGCACGCGAAGAUAGCACCAAGAAUUUACGCACCGAAAAGGAUAAAUUCGGUCUCUUUCUGCGCUUAUUCAUGGUCAUGGGCGUGACAUGGUCUAUGGAGAUCUUCUCGUAUUUUGUCGGCGCCGAUAGAGGCUGGGCCAAGAUCUUCUACAUUUCGGACAUCUGCAAUGCCAUACAAGGUUUCCUCAUAUUCAUGUUGUUUGUUAUGAAGAAGAAGGUCAAGCAUUUGAUAACAAAUCGCACGGUGCGCAUACGCAGUUACCGGCAAACCGAGUCGACGACUGUCGGCGGCGGCAGCAUUUCAAUGCGUCGGCGCUUUCAAAAUGUCUCACUGCACAUAAGACAGUUAAUUGUCAUACGAAGCGCUUUCAAUCCGCCGACCACACGAAAUCAUAGCAGCAACAACACAAGUAAUCGCUUCACACAUUCGCAUACAGUGUGAUUUUUUGGGGGAAAUUGCAAAUUUUCGACAUUCGUAUAUCAUUCCGUAAAGUUUUGAACUAGACCGGUGGGUAAAAAUUGAAAAAAAAAACGAAAAAGUCAAAUGUGCCCGUGUGUUUCAAUGUAUUAAUUUAGAAGAACUCUAUGUCGUCUUUUUGAGGUUAUGUGCAACCGUGUUAAACUAAAAAUCUAAUUAACCUACAGCGUCUCAAGCUGCUAUUACUCAAUAUUAAUCUAUCAUAACGCUAUUUGGUGCAAACAGAUUUGAAUUUUUAUUAUCAAAAUUGUAGAUGACAGUGCGGAUUUCAUCGAACAGACUCAGUAGAAGCUUUCUCGAUCUAUAUUUCAUCAUAAGAAACUGUAUUUCACUAGUAACGCCCGAAAUUGUUGUUCUCCGCUACAUCACUCUCUACCUUUUUAGCUCUUCUUCUCUUU